AUGGUCCUCAGUAGCUCUUUUGAUGCCGUGGAUGAGAGCAAUCGAUUUGUUUCACUACGACUCUUAUUGGAGAAACUUAGUGGGUGUGUUGGGAGGAGGCAGUACAAGAUGCUUUGUGACCUCACUCGGCACUUUGACAAACUGAAGGAUGAGGGAAUAGACUGGCAUGAGCUCAAGUGGCUGAAUCGCGAGGAGCUUCUCGAUCUCUUUGAAAACGUUUUGCAACUUACACAUGCUGAAAGGGCUGUCCUCCUACCGGCUCUGGAGGCAAAGAUGUGCGGCGUUCUUCGCCGUGCGGACACGCGACAUUCCACAACACUUUGUAUCAAUCGGGGUGUUUCCGAACAUGGAUGGCGCUGCGGACUGUACGGCCACACGAACGAUGUCUAUUUUGAGGGUAAAGCCAAGGCGAACCCUGCGGCUCUGCAGUUGUGUCAUCGUUCCUCCAUAAGAAGCGUGGAGCGUUCCGGUGUUCGUGUCGAUGUUCGAAUGGCACCGGACUUUUCUGUUGUGGGGCGGUUUAAUCAUUCCCUCAGCCCACGUGUCUGGAGCACGCCGGAGAACCCGACCUUCCAGGUUUCCACGAUAGGAUACGAGUUCCGCGUCCACCCCGACGAUCCGCGGGUGAGGCCACAGAUCGAGGCGGCAGCAGAGGAGUGGGAGCUUCAUGCGGCCGUCACGCAGCAGGUUGUUUGGGAGAUGCUGGAGAUGUACGCUGUGGAGAGAAGUUCACAGCCUCUGGAUUUGAAGCCGGGCGAAAUGGGUGCUCCAGACUGCCCGAGCUCGUACUCCAGCGCGUUUACUGUGCGGAUCGAAUCCCCGCACAACGGCAACACUGUGACAGAGCAACGGAUGAUGUCACCAGAUGGAAAGGAGGUGCCGUGGUUUAGGGAGCCACCUCAGCAACAGUUCGCCGACGGGAUUCCUCUGAUUUUACCCUUUGCACCCUCCGUAAUUGUGAGAAGUUCCUUCCGGCAGGUGUCGCGUGCGUCACCUGAUGAUGUUUCACGUCAGUUACUACAACCUGUUGUUGACGUAACAUGCUUUAUUCACCCUCUGGUUUGCUUUUGGUGGAGCGAGGAGGAUGAGGAGCGCUGCCUCUCUCAUAUAGUCGAGUACGCGAAACGUAUCCCCUUCGCGCUGCCAUUCAACUUGUACCUUCGUGUUGACACCUCGAAGGACCUCAGAAGUCACCCGAAGAGGGUGGAGGAGAUGGCAAAGCGUCAGAGGGAGAAGGAGGACUUUUUUGAUUUACGGCACUAUCACAAACUUGGGGCUGACUUGCCGAGGGAUUAG